CCUGCACCUGACCCAUCGACAAAACUGGCUAAGUGCUGGAGAAAACAGCGAAAAUACGUUCUCUUAGCGACAUACUAAAAACUUGACUGUGCUUACCUUGAGCCUCACAUUUCGCUUCCGAUCGAGCUUCAUUCCUCCCGAAAACCUUCUAUUUCUCUGUUGCCACUCUUCCCUUGUGAUCACAGAACCCGACCAAGUAUCUCGUUGAGGACAUUGUGGCGACCAUGACUGUCGAUGCCGAGCCGCAAGUAAUCCCGAGCGCCCCCACGUCGCCAGUGGCGGCUUCUAAUGCCCCUCAAGACGAAGCAUUCGAAAUUGUCGCUGCGGUUGAUAACAAAAAGGCGGAAGAACAACCAAACCAACCUCGUGAAGAGGAACCACUUGCUGCAGAUGAUCGACGAAGCCCUGUACAAGACGAAACUCGUUCUCCUGCACCACAGGCACGAACUGCGAGCGUCGCUGCAGAAUCGCCUUCGACGUACCACACGCCGGAGCCCUUCUCACCUUUGACCUCGGCUAUCUCAUCCGCAUUCGGACGAGGCCCAUUGGACCUCGCCAAAGUUCGUUCGGCGUUGACGCAAUUGAACUCUGCCGUGAAGGAGGAAGAAGAUCACUACUUCACGCAACUUGAAGCAACCGAGUCCGUGAACAGCAAGCUGCGACAGAACGUGGUCUCGUCUCAAGACUUGCGCCAAAAGAACGACAAACUCCAAGAAGGCUUGAAUGCUGCUCAAAAUUUGUUGGACAGCAUGCGCUCGGAGGCGGCCGUUCAAGUAGAGAACCUUAAUGAAUCGCUAGUGUGCAAGGACAUUGAGCUAGCCAAACUACAAGCCGAGUACAAGGUCAUGAGCGAAAACAAAGAGACCGAGUUGAAGAGCAUCCGCGAAAACAUGGACAAGAUGGAAUUGGAGCUCAAUCGAUUGGAAUCGGCCUACCAAGGAUCGACUCAAUCCCUCAAUUCUCAAGAGGACGAGCUCGCGACGCUUCGUGCUGAGUACCAGUCGCUUCAGGCAGGCUUCCACGUCCUCAAGGCCGAGAAGGACGACAUUGAACAAGGUCACGAGGAAGCCAAGGAGAAGUGGAAGCGAUUGGUGAUCACCAUGAAGUCUGAGUACGACAACUUCCGCGCCAGCUUUGACCACCUGAAGGUCACCAAGAAGGAAAUGGAAGAGACACACCGUGUCGAGAAGAACAGGUUCAGAAACGAAGUCGCUGUUCUGAAGGCUGAGAAUAACAGCAUGUCCGCUGCCAUGGAUAGUCUUAAGAUCUGCAAAGAGGUGACUGAGAGUGAAUACAAGGAAGCGAAGACUUCAUGGGAAGACUCCAAGAAAGCUCUUGAGAGUCAAGCUGCACGAAUUCGCGCUGAACUCGAAACCGCCCAAGCGGCCAGGAAGGAACUCGACCAAAAGUGGCGAGAAACCGAGACAAGGUUUAAUGAGAAGGUUCAAGAGCUCGUUGCUGAUACCGAAGUCAGAUGCACUGAGGCUGUUGAGAAGCUCGCUGCUGUCGAAGAAGACUCGGCCAACAAGAUUGCUGCUCUCCAGGAAGAGAAAGCCGUCAAGAUUGCUGCUCUCGAGGAAGAGAAGGCCAACAGGAUUGCAGCCCUCGAAGAAGAGUCAGCCAAGAAGCUCAAAGAAACCGAGGAAGGGUUGACGAACAAGCUCAGCGCGGUCGAAGAAGAGUUGGGAAACCUCAAGGCCGAGCAUAGUGAUCUGAAGAUUGCCAAGGAGACAAUCGAGUUCGAGAAAGGGACUCUUCAGUGUGAUAGGGACGAUCUCGUCAAGGAACGUGAUGGUCUCCGGACUGAGCUUGAAAAUAGCACAGAGGAGCUCACUGCUUUGAAAGAGGAGCACGAGAAACUGACUACCAACCAUGACAGCAAGGUUUCGGAAUGCGACGCUUUGAAAUCUGAAAUUGAGCGAAUGGAAGCUGCCAAAGAAGAGAUUGAGAAGAUGUUCAGUCAAAUCCAACACGACUAUGAUGUUCAGAAAGAUGACUAUGAAAGAUUGAAGCCCAUGGAAAAGCAGCUUGAAGACUGUAGCGCUGAGCUUGAGGAGCUGAAGCCCCGGCUUGCUGCCUUGGAACAGGACAAGGCUGACCUUGAGAGCAACCUAUCCGAAACCAAAGAUCAGUUGGAUAUGCAAACUGCCAACGCUCACGUCCUUCAAACUGAAUUAGACGGAGCCAAAUCCCAACACAAGGAUGAGAAGAAGACACUCGAGAAGAAGAUUCUCAAGUUGGGAAAGACUGUGGAGACCAAGGCAGAAGCCCUCAAUCUGGGUUUAACCAAAUACAUGAAGGAGGCGAAGGCCAAGGAGAAGCUCGAGAGAGACAUGGAGAUUAUGAAGAAGGAAUUGACCGAGUCUAUGGAUCAAGAGCGCGAGGCGGCCGUUGCCAAAAUGAAGGAAUUGACCGAGUCCAAGGAUCAAGAGCGCGAGGCAGCCAUUGCCAAAAUGAACGAGAAGAUGGAGGAAAACCGAGCGUAUGAAGCAGAGCAACGAGAGGCGGCAUUGGCCGCUCAGGUGGCUGCAGAAAACAAGCUUGCCGAGUAUGAAAAGACUGUGGCCAAGACCGAAGCUGAGAUCCUGUCCGCGAAAUGCCAAGGGGACAGCGUUCGUGCAGCUCUUGACGUCUCCGAGACAGGACGUCAAGAAGCCGAAACAAAGGUUGAGGAAUUGUCCAAGUCACUUGAUGAGUUGACGGCCAAGUGGGAAACUGUCAGCGCCGAAGCCCACAAGCUCAGAGCUGAUGUUGCACUUGGACAACAACGAAAGAUUGUCGACAAGCAGGACAUGGACCACAUGAACCAACAGAUUGCUGCUCUCAACCAGUCCGUGGCUAAGAAGAUUUCUACCAUCGCUCAACUCGAGGCGAAGACUGAAAAAAUGGAAACCGAUAUCUUAACCAAGACCGAGAAACAAAAGCAGUUGGAGACUAUGGUCGACAGCAAAGACAAGGAACUCGAAUUGUUUAAGAGCCGAUGCGAAUCCUUGCAGACAUCUCUUCAUGAAACCGAGGAGGAGCUAGAAAAGAAGAUUGAUUUAACUACACAGUUGCAAGAGUUCAAAGGGAAGAGCGACGAAACCAGCAUUCUGAUGGAGAAGAAGAACAAGGAACUUCAGGCCGUUCAGGAGCGCUGCGAAAAGCUUCAAGCUUCGUUGAAGAAGGCCGAGACGCUCUACUUGGACGGUGUUGAGCAAAUCAAGAAUGAAGCCGAAAGGAAGCAGAAGGCUGCUCUUGAAGAUGCCCUAGACAGGAUCUAUGUUUUGAAUGAGCGGUUGGCGAAGAAAGAGCAUGAAAUGGUAUUUCUGCAUGAAAAGUUGAACUUUGCCGGGCAAGAUGACGAAGAAGGGCGCGCGGAAGUCCAACGUCGCGCUGAAGCACAAGUAGCUCUCGCCAAGAAGCUCAAGUUCCUCGACAACAUGGUUGCGAGCAAGGACAGUGAGAUUCAACUGUUGGAGGCUCGCUGUGCAGAUAUGAAGAGUUCAUUGGAAAAGGCGGAGAAGCACCCUGGAGCUAGCGAAGAACAAUCGUCGGCAGAAGAGAAACUCAAGGCAUUGAACGAGCAAAUCGAACAGCAAGAAGCCAAGCUGAAGUCUCUCCAGACCCGUGAGCGACAGGCGAAGCUGAAGUCGACAGAUGACGAAUUCGAAGUGGUCUUGAACAAUGCUGACAGCAACUUGGCGAGUGAGGUCGACAUGCUCAGGGCUCGAUGCAAGGAACUCGAAGAAAGAGAAAAGGAGGAGGAGGGAACCGAUGUCGCUGGGUGGAAGGCCCGCGUCGCAGAUAUGGAGACCUCCAUGGAGAAAUUGAAGCAGCAGUACUUGGAGGAGUGCGCACGCAGGAAGGAAGCAGAGCAAGUCUUCUCUAGCAUCAGCAAGGCAAACAAUGAAACCACCGCCGCCAAGCCACCCACAGCAAGCCGUGGCAUUUUCAAUCGCAGCAAACCUGCUCCCGAGCAAGGUGCUGAUGGAAAGAAGGCCAGUAGUAGCGGAAGGUGGCUCAGUCUUCGGGGGCGCAGGAAAAAGGAUGAGAUGACUGUGCGAACAGAAUCGACUCCUCGCAUCCAAACUGCGGAGAAAGCCGAAGACUGGCGCUCUCAGUACUCCGGUUCACCCCGCCGAAGGCAAGAAAAUCCCGUCUCCACCCGUGCUGCCCGAUCUCUCGUGGGAAGUGGUGACCUCGUGUCGCAGAUUCCCAGCCACAUCCAGAACAACUUUUUGGAAGUUGGUGUCUACAAGCAACGCCUCACCAAUACGUAUCUGCCUGUACUCUGUCUCGGUCCCAACGACGUCCCUGCUGGUCCUGUCCGUGAUGAAUGGUUGAACAAGAUCGGCGGAAAGAGCAAGGUGCAGAAUCUCGGGGUCUACUUCUACGGCAAAGAAGGGAAGGACGAUGGGGCAUAUGGCCUAGUCCCAUGGUUUGCCUUUGUUCCGUACAACAAGGCUGUCCAACGAGGCCUUGACAAGCUUCCCGAAGCAAUCGCGGACAAGAUCCAAUACAAACAGGAACUCACGGACGAAGAAAAGCAAAUCCACAAGGGUAUUGAAGCCAUGAAGGAGGCCGCUGCUAAGAGUAAGGAGGAGAGACGACACCCAAUGCACCACCUCACUGCUGUUACUGCCAAGGAAGUCCCCAAGACCAUUGUGACUGAUUCCUCUGGAAGUGAUGAUGACAAUGUUUCGGAAAUGGGAGUGUAAUAAGAGCAAGCGUGGAAUGGUAGGCGCACAAAGAGGACUUGUAUAUGUUGCGCUCUAUAUCGUCGGUUAAAGAUGUCCGCUUGCAAGGUAGCCACUUCCUACAAUUUUACUUUAAAAAUAAUAACAGGAGUUUGUUUGUU